GGCACUCCGAGCGGCUAAGUCGAGAUUUGAUCGCUGUUGUAUGCUGCUAAAUCGCAGUUUUUACCGGCGUCUUUUGUGCGAAAAUCGACCGAAUGAAACAAAACUGAAGAACGUCUACAAGCUUCCUUCGAAUAGGAAACAACUGAAGCGAAAUGAUGUUCGAAUGGACGCUACAGGAACUCGCCAAGUCGUCACCUACAGACCUUGUGCUCGGUCUGUUGUGCUUGACCCUAAAAUGGAGUGUUUGGAUGUGCGCAUCCUUUGCUCUACUUCUGGUGGGUUUCCUUUCGAUCGCCUGGUGGAUACAGCGAAGGACGUUAAAACAACUGGAGCACUUGCCUGGAAGAAGGGAGAUGCUGCCGUUCCUGAGUCACUACAUACUUUUCAAAGCAUGCUCCCAGCCUGAAAAUCCGGCGGGAUUUGGCCCAUUGGCCUUCAGCGCACUGUGUGGGUUCCACGCCUGCUUCCAAAGGUACGGCAUGCACAGAGUGUAUGCUGGCCUCCAGCCGGUCGUUAUAAUCUACAGAGCUGACUUUGUAGAGGAACUGCUUCGAAGCAACAAGAUAUUAACAAAGGGGUAUGUGUACAAUUUUGUGCAUAGUUGGCUGGGGACCGGCUUACUGACAAGUACAGGAGAGAAGUGGAGGUCGCGAAGGCGGCUUUUUACGCCAGCGUUUCAUUUCCGAAUCCUGGAAGAUUUCACUUCUGCAAUCAACACCCAGUCUAUGGUUCUUGCGGAUAUCUUGGGAAAGAAGUCACUUGACCACAAUGGGGUUGACAUUGUCCCCAAAGUUACUCUCUGCACCCUAGACAUAGUCUGUGAAACCAUCAUGGGAAAAUCUCUUAACGCUCAAAACAAUGAGGACUCGGCUUACGUGAAAGCUCUCAUUCAGUUGAGCGAGCUGUUCUUGGAAAGGACGAUAACGCCGUUUGCAAAUUACGAAGGUUUCUUUAGGAUGACCGCAAUGGGAAAACAGUAUAAUCACUGCCUCAGUGUACUGCACGCAUUCACGAGAAAGGUAAUUGGAGAACGAAAAAAAGACAUGAUGGCCACUAUUGACACCGGCUCCAUUCUUGGCAACGAGGAUGAGAAUGGGUCUAAUUAUAAGAAAAUGAAAAUGCCUUUCCUCGACUUACUUCUUCUUGAACACUUCAAAGACCCCAAAAACAUCACGGAGGAAGACAUCCGGGAAGAGGUGGACACGUUCAUGUUUGCGGGUCACGACACAACCGCCAUGGGCAUAAGCUGGGCGCUGUUUCUGAUAGGCCACAGCCCUGAAGCGCAGCAGAAAAUACACGACGAACUGGAUUCCAUCUUCGGGGACGACACAGAGCGGCACGUCAACCACGAAGACAUGAAAGAGAUGCGCUAUCUGGAAUGCGUGAUAAAGGAGUCACAACGAAUCUACCCUUCUGUGCCAUUCUACUCAAGGCUUUGUGAGGAACCUUUUGAACUCUGUGGCACGAUGCUCCCCAAAGAAACAGUAGUUCAAGUGUCGAACUACUUUUUGCAUCGGGAUCUCAAAGUGUUCCCAAAGCCUGAAGAGUUUUGCCCAGACAGGUUUCUUCCCGAGAAUUCGAAGGGAAGGCAUCCUUUCGCCUACGUCCCUUUCUCGGCAGGUCCUCGAAACUGCAUCGGUCAGAGGUUUGCGAUGUCCGAGGAGAAGAUCGUCAUUGCCAACAUCCUGCGGCGAUACAAGCUUCAAUCCCUUGACCACAGAGAUCAAGUCUGUUUAGUCGCCGAAAUGGUUCUCAGGCCUAAAAAUGGCCUCCGAAUCAAGUUCCUCCUCAGGUCAUCUCCGAAAAGUACUUGAAUGGCUAUCAGUGGGCAAACAAAAUCAUGAUCACGGUUGAUGCUCUAUGUAGCUCAGUGUCACGCUGUUAAUAUUAACCUAAAAAAAUAUAUAUAUUUCCUCUUUCGAGCGCA